AUGAAUCAAGUGGACACCCCUCCAGGGCAGGCAGCCCCUGGCAGCAGCCUCAGCCCCAGCCCAAUCUCCAUCUGCACGCUCCCUGCUCUGCUCCACACAGGAAGGGCUCGAGAUGGGAACGACAUCGUACAGGAAGUCUUUGUUUGAAGAGCUCCGUCUCGGCAAAACAAUACUCCAAAUUUAUAUGGCCGUCACUUGCAGACCCGUCUGAAUGUGUAGAUAGUAUUUAGACAUCAGCCGGUAACUGCUGAAAGGACCUAAGUUUGUCUUCACUCGAGCAAUCCAAAGUCCUCUGUAAGACCACCAGAUCUUAUAAGUACAACUUGCCAUUAUGUUAAAUUGCUGCUGUGAACAGGACAUGAAGGUGUACUGGUGCCUUUGUGCUCAAUUCCUAUAGGGUUUUGUAAAGUACUUGUGGACGACAUCUUGUUUUCAUCCAGAGCAGACCAUUUUUUUUAUACUCUGUGUCUGAACCACUUCAAUUUGUCUCCCACCAAAAUAAAGACCUAGGGUCGGUUGGUUGUAUGGACUGAAUUACACCCACGUGACCCUACUGAUACCUCCAUGCAAGCUGAAAUAGAAGAGGAGAAACACACAGUGCUGAUCUUCAUAGCGUUCAGUUUCUCCUGGAGCAGAAUAUGCUCACCAAGUCACGUAGGAGUGGCCGCCAUAAGAUGCCACACUGCAGAAUUUUCAGUCAGACGGACAUAUAUGGAGCUGACACCAGUUUGCUAAAAUAAAAAAUGGCUCCAUUUUCAGAGGCACAGUUUUGUAUAAUGGUAAUGCCGGGUAGUCUAGGAUUUAUGUUGAAUGUAAUUGCAGUCUUUUCUGAAAUAAGCACAGUUCACUUCCCAGGAAGGAACCCACUCCGUUUCAGCUCUCUCGUACUGCACCUUAGAAGACAGAGGCAUGCUUUGGCACCACUCCCUAUAUCAGUUUACUUCAGUUUCCUCUCUCUGUAAUGCAACCCUUGUGACUGGAAUCGUAUACUGUCACAUUUAUUCAUUUAAACGUGAUACAAAUAAGGAUUAUUUGUGCUGUCUCCCACAUAUGUUUUUCCUAGAUGGCGAUAUUCACAGUCAUGCUCCAUGGUUAAUGGUAAUCUAUGAAAAUCAAUAGUUUAUCUGUUUGCAGUUAUGUAUUGAGUUUUCUUGGUUUGAAAUGUCUCCAUGAUUUGACUUUAAAACACACAGCAAGAAAGUCUUGAAAUUAGUAAGCGCUUGGUGAACUCUCAACCAAUAUUAUGUGAGGGUCACUGACAGUGCAAUGUAUCCAGCUGUGUCGGUAACCUGCUCACACCUGUUUUUUAUUUUAUUUACCCAAGGUUAUCAAGUACUAGAUUGCAUAACUCAUAUUGAUGCCUACAGCAUCUAUGGUGUGAGUGGAUGCUUGUCUAACAGAAUAAGAGCCUGAGGAUGGAUCAAAAACUCUGUUGCUCAUACUUGGCAGACUUAGGAUGCCUAUUAGUUGCCAGUUCCUACCGUUUUGCCCUUGAGCAAAGCACCCUACUGCGCCAGGUGCGCUGAAAUAACAAACAGUUUAUUUUCAUGCAUGGCAUAGGCUACUGCUUGGGUUGCCCAUUUUGAAUAUGAAACCCUCCUCCUACUUGCCCUCCCUCAGGUGAUUGACGUGGACGGCUCCAACAGGGUGACCCUGCUGGAGGACAAGCUGCCCCACAUCUUUGGCUUCACGCUGCUGGGCGACUACAUCUACUGGACGGACUGGCAGAGACGGAGCAUCGAGAGGGUCCACAAGACCGACGCCAUCCGAGAGAUCAUCAUCGACCAGCUGCCUGACCUUAUGGGCCUCAAGGCCACCAGAGUCACAGAGACCUCCGGUAGGAGACGGAUAGAAUGUUAAUGUUUGAUAUGAGGAUGUACACAGCUGUUUAGUAUGGAAGUAGUUCUCUAGUAGUAUACAAAAAUUACGAAUACUCAAGUAAAUGUUUUUUCUAAUAAGAUGUAUUCUCGUGGAUGGAUAUCCACAACUGGCAGCACUUAGAGACCAGAACUCUCUGUCUGCUGCAGAUAAAUUGACCGCGUCUGUCUCUCUUUCUCUCAAAGGCACGAACGGCUGUGCGGAGGACAACGGCGGCUGCAGCCACCUGUGUUUCCACCGGCCCCAGGGUCUGCGCUGCGCCUGUCCCAUGGGCCUGGAGCUGCUCAGUGACAUGAGGACGUGCGUGGUGCCCGAGGCUUUCCUGCUCUUCACCAACCGGGCUGAUAUCCGCUCCAUCUCUCUCGGCACAAACUCCAACGACGUGGCCAUCCCCCUCACCGGGGUCAAGGAGGCCUCCGCCCUCGACUUUGAUGUCUCUGAGAACAGGAUCUACUGGACUGAUGUCAGCACCAAGGUGAGGAUGACUCCUUUUCUCUGUCAUUCUAGUCAUUGUUCAUUUGAGGGUUUCCAUGUCUAAUUUUGGGUGUUUGUUUUCUGUCGUUUGGGUUGAAUUAGCCAUCGGGUGUUUGUUUGUUUAGGCUCCAGGCUUUUUUGAUUCAUAUUGAGCUCUGUGCCUGACUGUUGUACAAGUGUCUGACCCUACUCCCCUGUUCUCCCUCCCCAGACCAUCAGCAGGGCUUUCAUGAAUGGCAGCUCUGUGGAGCAUGUGAUAGAGUUUGGCCUGGACUACCCAGAGGGCAUGGCAGUGGACUGGAUGGGCAGGAACGUGUACUGGGCAGACACCGGGACCAACCGCAUCGAGGUGGCCCGGCUGGAUGGACAGUACCGGCAGGUCCUGGUGUGUAAGGACCUGGAUAACCCUCGCUCCCUGGCCCUCGACCCCGCCAAUGGGUAAGACUGACUGAGAUUCGUCCCAUCUGCAUGACGCAACUCAUAGACAUGUCUGACUGACAUCAGCCUGGUCGCCGAUCUGUUUGUGUUGUCUUGUCAACUUCGAUUGUGUGACCGUGACCAUAGGAGUUGUAAAGACCGUACAAACAGCUCUGAAACCAGGCUAGACUGAUGUCUCUUCACCAGUACCGAUAGAGUUGUCUGGCUGGGUGAAUCCCCGCACAUGAUCUUUUCCCUGUGAGUUUCUCAGGCAGUGAGUGUAAUGAGAGGUUGCGUCAGUGGCACAGCACUGUGGCUUGUCCUCCGUGUGAGGAGUUGUUAGUCGACACGCUUGUGCCAACAUGCCACGGCUUCUACAUGUCACUCUGCAGUAUUAAGUCAUAUCCUGGAGCUGUCAAAAGUCAUGCCUGUGGCUUCUGGUGCAUUUUUACCACGUAGCUUCAACCAUCGGCAUUGUUUCCUACAGCACUGUGUUGCGUUAUUCCACAGUGAUUGUCCCCAUACUUGGGGCCAUGGCCAUUUUACCAAUUUACUAGUUCAUAUUGAAUUAGUUUAAGAAUGCAGCCAUGGUCUUGGCUGGCAUCAAGUGUUUGGGGGAUAUAAAAAUGCAGCUCUUUGUCUGUCUCUCCUCAGCUACAUGUACUGGACUGAGUGGGGCGGCAAGCCCAGGAUCGCCAGGGCCCACAUGGACGGCAGCAACAUAGUAACCCUAGUGGACAAAGUGGGCAGAGCCAACGGCCUCACCAUCGACUACAUCGACCAGAGACUGUACUGGACCGACCUGGACACCUGCAUGAUAGAGUCAACCAACAUGCAAGGUAAACACAUACAGUUGUCAAUCUCUUUUCCAACCACUGUAAUGUUAAUGACAACAGCACAUGAUGGGGUGGCAGAUAGUCUAGUGGUUAAGAGCGUUGGGCCAGUAACUGAAAGGCCGCUGGUUCGAAUCCCCGACCCAACAAGGUGAAAAAUAUGCUGAUGUGCUCUUGAGCAAGGCACUUAACCCUAAUUGCUCCUUUAAGUUGCUCUGGAUAAGAGUGUCUGCUAAAAUGAGUAAAAUAUAAAUGAUGAGCAUAUUACCUUAUCCAUAAUUAUUCUGUGGUUGACCGUAAUAUCAAUCUUCAUUAGCCCAGAAUGAGUGGCUAUGAAAAAAGGAGCGUAUCAAUCUCUUUUUCAACCCCCUCUGCUGUUUAUAAUUAAUGAUACAUAAUAAGUAUAUUAUCAGUAUACACUAUCAUAUUACUGUACAAUAUUACUAUCAUAUUUGGUUUAAAAGCAUACAUACCCUCACCAAUACAUCGUCAUUAGUCCACAUUGAUAAUCAUAUCAUAUUUCGCCCAGGUCUGCGGAGGGAGAUAGUGGCUGACGACCUCCUCCACCCGUUUGGUCUGACCCAGUACCGGGACUACAUCUACUGGACAGACUGGAAACUGCGCAGCAUCGAGCGGGCAGACAAGCGCAGCGGCCUCAACCGCACCAUGGUCCAGGGACACCUGGAGUACGUCAUGGACAUCCUGGUCUUCCAUUCCUCCCGCCAGGACGGUGCCAACGACUGCUCCCAGAACAACGGCAACUGUGCCCACCUGUGCCUGGCGUCGCCCGCCGGCGCACAGUGCCGCUGUGCCUCCCACUACACCCUGGAUUCCAACGGCAGGAACUGCAGCUGUAAGUUGAGAAAUGGGGAGCGUGCGGGCACUUGGCUGGGGGUUGUUUGGUUUAAUAAACAAAAUGUAGUUUUGUUCAGUGUUGUAUUAAUUAUAGUAUUGAACAGUCAUAGUUUGUGCGAGGGUGUGAUUAUUUUGGGUUAAAACUCCAGGCCACUCUUGAACGUCUAAAACUAGAUCGAAAUUAUGUAGAAAUGAGAAUGGACCUAUACGUUUUCAAAUGACUGCCCUUUCUCUGGCCUGCAAAUUUGAUGAACAAAUCAGUCCCCCCAAAAAAAUCAGUGUGGCCUCGCUGAACUUUUAAAUCCCGAUAUUACCCUCGAUCCCUCCCCCCGCUCUAGAUGGAUGUAUUGUCUAAAUCAAACGCAGGUCUGUCUACAGCCCUCGGCCAUGCAAAACCCCAAACACAUGUCGGUCUGAAUCAUGCCAUGAGGAAACCUCAGACUUUCACUGAGGCCUGAUGUGGACACAAGUGUUAGAAAGGUUGCUGUGCUGUGAUUGAGCAUUCCUCUGCACUUGGCAGCGGAUGAAGGCUCUGUCUUUCUACAUGAGUCUGCUUUUCUUUCUUACUGUUGCAUACUUCCCUGGCCUCAGGGGAUCACUGAUUACUGCAUUCUAGUAAGCUGAUUACAGCCAUGGAGAGGUUGGUAGGAGAAAAGGGAGAGAGAUUAGUGUUUGGAUUGCGCCUGCUGACCUCCCCCCUCUUUCUCUAGCCCCCUCUAGCUUCCUCCUCUUCAGCCAGAAGGCCUCCAUCAACCGCAUGGUCCUGGGGGAGCAGAGCCCCGACAUCAUCCUGCCCAUCCACGUCCUCCGCAACGUCCGGGCCAUCAGCUACGACCCCCUGGACCACCUGGUCUACUGGGUGGACGGACGGCAGAACAUCAGGAGGGCCCGCGACGACGGCACACAGGUGAGAGAUCAUAAACAGCACCACAGGCCAGAAUGGUUACCUGCAUGUACCAAUAGCACAAUUAAGAUAAUGUCAUGUGAUUUCCAACAGACAAUGCUCAUCACCUUCCCGUUUACAUAUAGAGCAGGCUACUGUAUCAAGGUGAUGACAGGGAGUUAUAGCACUUUAAUUUGACUGACAUAAGUACAGCCAUCAGCCACAAAUGAAUUUGUAUGAACACUGGAAAUAACUUUGACAGUGUGAAACCUUUCACUGUUGUAGGCCCCUUUUCUCUGACGUGUAUCUGUUUCUCCUUUAUCCUUUAUCCUGUUCCAGUCGUCAGUGGUGGUGUCCACCACUCCCACCCACCAGCAGCAGCCUGACAAGCAGCCCCACGACCUGAGCCUGGACCCCUACAGCCGUACUGUCUACUGGACUUGUGAGGCCACCAACACUAUCAACCUCCAGCGCCUGGACGGAGACGCCGUGGGUGUGGUGCUGAGGGACGAACACGACAAACCCAGAGCCAUCGUAGUCAAUGCAGAGAAAGGGUGAGGAGGGGGUGGGUGGAGUCAUGGCGGAGGAGUGCAGGGGAGGGUAUCAUGGUGGAGACUGGCUAAAACAAAAUGCUGGUUCUUCAUACUGUCACACUGGUUUAUUUAUUUUGUGAAGAUGGAGGCAGACUGACUCAAUAACUGCAUUUAGGGAUGGCAACAUUUCUAUUUCAAAUCUACCCCAUAAGUGGUGGACUUGGGAAUGGAAAACAGAGGGAACUCACUCGAAAGCUUUUGAAAAUAUACAGGACUUCCAAAAUAUACAAUCAGGGACAGGGUGUGGCACGCCUCCAAGCAGUAGAGUAAUUAGUGGGUGAUCAGGUGUUUUAGUGAUGUGGUGUUGACAAUUUGACUUGGAGGCUCUGUGGAGCGCUGUUUAUUUUCCUUCGAUAGGGCAGGGAAGGAACCACAGCCCUAAGUAAGUACGAGGCUGAGAUAUCAGGCCAUGUGUGCAGCAGAUGGCUGUAUAUACUGUGCUCUGCUGCCUGCGCUUCUCUACUCUCCUCACCUCUAGCCUAGUGGAGCAGUAGAGUAUGGUCAGGGCCAUGGUCAGGCCCUGGCAAGUUGCGCUGUAAUUGUGAUGCCCAUUGUUCAUGCGGCUGCCCUCCAUGUUAGCUUCUAUUUUGGUCUUUUGUGGCUUGGCCUGGAUGUGGCAGAGGGGACUUACUCCAUAGGAGUAACCCAAAGUCAAAGAAGUAAACAAAUCGACAUGGCGUGUUUAUUAUUUCAAUGAGCGUGGCCAGAAAGGAAACAUUUUUAACUUAUGGCAACCAGCUUGACAAUUUUGAGAAUUUGACAUGGUCUUGUAGUUGUAUGUUUUUUGAAAGUUGCAUUUGAUUCCCUGUCUCUCUUUGGGCCUGGAAAACAGUAGAUAAACAUUGAAGAUAUUUGGCUCAGUAAAGGUUACAGGCAGGUUGAGCAUCUGUCAGGAUACAUUUUUCUCCCACGUUCCCUUGAGAAGGGACAGCUUCCAGAUUUACUCAAAGCAUUCUGUUAUUACAUUAAUACUUCAACUUCUAAUGCUCGCAGACUGCCAUAAACAGUUGUUCCCUUGACGAGGCAGAACCAAACUGAAGAAGCAGAACCAAAUUACAAACAGAUGAGAGUUUGAGCAAUAGCAUUUAUUUCUCCAAGUCUUCUCAGUCCAAACAAGUGUUAGGGAGUUUCUUAUCAGAGCUGAUAGAACCUGGCAUGAGACAUAACAAACAAGGGAAGGCCCACACAGCCAGACAAUAGCUUCUACUCCUCCAGGCUUUCAGAGCGAGAGCGAGAGACUGAAUAGCCCUGCGCUCUAGUCUACACCCAGCACAGUACAGGGUGAAGGAGAGCCCUGCCCUGCCCACCCAUCAAAACGCAUACCACAAUAUUAUACUAUCUAGCAUCAUCUCUGGCUGAUUUAAAUUGUUUUGUAGUGUGAUAAUGUACACUAUCAAGGUUAACUUGUAUCUAAAAUACUGUACACAGUUGGGGAUUUAGGGUUUGGCUAGAAACGGAUCAAAUGUCUGGCAGUAUGCUUUUGUUUUGGUCAUUUUAGCUUUCUAACCUCAGACCGGCUCCGUCUCACCUCUCCUGUAGGUACAUGUAUUUCACCACCAUGCAGGAUCGCUCUGCUAAGAUCGAGGGAGCGUCUCUGGAUGGAACGGAGCGGGAGUCUCUGUUCACCACGGGUCUGAUCCGGCCUGUAGCCCUGGCCCUGGACAACAAGCUGGGAAAACUGUUCUGGGUGGACGCUGACCUGAAACGCAUCGAGAGCAGUGACCUCACUGGUGAGUCCCAGGGCUAAAGAAGUGUGGACAGCCAUUCUAGAUCCAGAGCAUCAGCACUCAUAAACACUGUUGAUCAUCUAAAAAGAUGUUGUUCCUUUUGUUUUCAUCUGCUUUGACAGUAUAUAUUUACAGCUCUCAUUCUCAAUAGUCACUGAAGUACACAGCAGUACUACAGAAAAUGACACGGAAUGUUCCUCCAGUCCAAACACAGUUUGUGGUCUAAAAGGGGGAGCUGAGUUUGAUCAUAGGAAAAUAGUAGGUAAUCAAAACGGAUGUGGGCCUUUUUUAAUGUAAUCCUUGGUCCCUCCUAGUCCCUCCCUCACACGAGCAGAGACAUCAAGGUUGUCUGGUUAAGCUCUAUCAUUGUCAGACAGCUGCUAGCCAUGUCCUGGUGCAGAGAAAGGUUUGAUGUCUGCCUGGUGGCUGAUGAGCUCACCUUUAUCUGACUCUGCACAUACAUGUUUAGCUUCACUCCCCCUGCCUGGCCUCUGAAGUCUGGAAUGGAUAGGAACGAGCACCCAGACUGAUUUAUCCAGGCGAAGACUGUCGAGUUAUACAAGAGUGUAUCUUUACUUUGGCAGACCAUGUUUGGUCAGAGAUAUUGAAUAUUAUUCAAACUUGUUUUUGUGAUGGCGUCUAAAGUUGUUACCUAUAUUUGGUAUGAUAAAGGUUAGAGCUUCUGAAGGAAGACCUAAGGGUCUGAAAGUAAAUACGUUUGGGAGAAUACACGUUCUUUGAUGUUUAGGAUAGGGUGUCUAUAGUGUAUACGACCCUGGUUCUGAUGAGGUCAUUCCUCUUCCUCCUCCCAGGAGCCAAUCGGAUCGUCCUCCAGGACUCAAACAUCCUGCAGCCCAUGGGUCUGACGGUGCUGGGGGAGCACCUGUACUGGAUCGACAGACAGCAGCAGAUGAUCGAGCGGGUGGACAAGCUGACGGGGGAGAAGAGGACCCGCAUCCAGGGUCGCAUCUCCUACCUCACCAGCAUCCACGCUGUGGAAGACAUGGACCCUACAGAGUUUGGUAAGGCAACAGGACCCUUUGUUUAGUCACUUCCGUUGCAUAUGUAGUUCUGUAUGUAGUACAGCAGAGUCUUCAAUGGCCAAAGCUAACCGCCCACGUCUUCUUCCUCUCCUCCAAAGCUUCCCAUCCCUGUUCCCGUGACAACGGAGGCUGCUCACACAUCUGCAUCGCCAAAGGAGACGGGACGCCUCGCUGCUCCUGUCCCAUGCACCUGGUCCUGCUGCCCAACCUGCUCGUCUGUGGAGGUACAGCACAGCUGCUGCUUUAACAAAUCCAAUAAGGCUUUGAGUGAACCAUAUUACGUGCAUUAUUCCUCCACCAGGCUUUUGCUGUGAAUCUAAACUUCCUCUGCUCCUCUACCACCUCAGAGCCUCCCACCUGUUCCACAGAGCAGUUCACUUGUGCCACGGGUGACAUUGACUGCAUCCCAAUGGCGUGGCGCUGUGAUGGCUUCGCUGAGUGUGACGAUAACAGUGACGAGGAGAAGUGUCCCGUGUGCUCGGCCUUGCAGUUCCAGUGUGACAAGGGCCAGUGUGUGGAUGCUCAGCUACGCUGCAACGGAGAGCCAGACUGCACAGACAACUCCGACGAACAGGACUGUGACAGUACGCUCACUCAACUCAUACACUUUGUGCACUACAUUUCGACACUGUUCCAGUUCAGUAAACAUGGACUAAUGUCGUUGGGAUUUAUACUGGGAGAUUGUUCUAUCACCAGCAUCAGCGACCUUGUUGUGUGGAUUGUGGCGCUAAACCAAGUCUUGUAACGAGGACUUUGCUCUGCUCUCCUCCCCUCAGCUAUCUGCCUGGCCAACCAGUUCCGCUGUAACAACAACCAAUGCAUCCUGAAGAAACAGCAGUGUGACUCCUACAGCGACUGUGCUGACAACUCUGACGAGCUCUUCUGCGGUGCGUUUAUCUCAAAUCAAAUCAAAUUUUAUUGGCCACAUGCGCCGAAUACAACAGGUGCAGACAUUACAGUGAAAUGCUUACUUACAGCCCUUAACCAACAGUGCAUUAAUAAAUAAAUAAAUAAAACAACAACAAAAAAAGUGUUGAGAAAAAAAGAGCAGAAGUAAAAUAAAAUAACAGUAGGGAGGCUAUAUAUACAGGGGGGUACCGGUGCAGAGUCAAUGUGCGGGGGCACCGGCUAGUUGAGGUAGUUGAAGUAAUAUGUACAUGUGGGUAGAGUUAAAGUGACUUAUCUUCACUUACUGUCACUGUUUAGAAAGUCAAGGGAGUUCAGAAUUUACACAUACCUGUGUUUUGUGUCAUUUUUCUCAGACUUGACAGCAGUCCGUUAAAUGUAUAGUAAUGUCUUUGCCUGUCUGUUGUAGAAUUCCUCACCCCCUCGUCAAACGACAUUCACUCAUCUCACACCAGCACCAUCGGCCCAGUCAUUGGCAUCAUCCUGUCAGUGUUCGUGAUGGGAGGGAUGUACUUUUUGUGCCAGCGGGUGGUGUGCCGCCGGUACAAAGGUCCCAACGGAGCCUUCCCCCACGAGUACAUCAGUGGCACCCCCCACGUACCCCUCAACUUCAUCGCCCCCAGCAGCUCACAGAAUGGAACCUUCACAGGUAAAGGUCAGCUAUUACACAACACUGAAAACUGCGAUCGGAUAGUUUUUACGUGCUGAAACAGGUAGUUGUUCUAUCUGACUGUAUUUGACGGUGUUUUGUGUUUCUUAGGUAUCUCGUGUGGGAAGUCUAUGAUGAGUUCAGUCAGUCUAAUGGGGAGCAGCAGUAGUGGGACUCCGCUCUACGACAGGAACCAUGUGACAGGGGCCUCCUCCAGCAGCUCAUCCAGCGCCAAGGGAGCCUUCUAUCCACAGGUAUGUACCCAACUUCUCUGCCCUCUUUUACCUACACGUAGGAACCCAACUCCUCUGUCCUCUCCGAGUUGGCUCUCAUACAUAAUUCCCAAAAUGAAGAAAAGUACAUUUUCUCCUAUUUCGAACUUUACUGGACAGUGUAUUAUUUUAUUUUUUUAUGGUUUGUAAUUGAAUGGGUAAAGAUUUGUAUUUUAUUCUCUGUGUUUGCAGAUGCUCAACCCGCCACCCUCUCCAGCCACUGAUCGCUCCCUGUAUAACGCAGACAUCUACUCCUCCAACAGUCCCUCCACCACCAGGUCUUACAGGUAAGAGAUGAGGCACACUUUAUCAGUUUCUCUCUUUGCAUUAUGCUACAGUCAGCUUGAUGUAAAUCAAAUAAAACCAUGUCUUCUCUCCUCCAUGCUUGCUCCUGAAAGGCCUUAUCUAAUGCGAGGCGUGGCGCCCCCCACCACCCCCUGCAGCACUGACGUCUGUGACAGCGACUACACCACAAGUCGCUGGAAGAGCAACAAGUACUACAUGGACCUUAACUCAGACUCUGACCCCUACCCUCCUCCCCCCACCCCCCGUAGCCAGUACCUAUCAGCAGAGGAGAGCUGCCCCCCUUCUCCAUCCACAGAGCGCAGUUACUUCCACCUCUGUCCCCCGCCCCCCUCACCCUGCACUGACUCCUCAUGACACCCAGGGAAAUAGCCAUGUCUGUAAAUAAUUUUAAAUAUGAACAAAUUAGAUAAUUCUAUUUUAUUCAUUUCCACUGAUUGCCAUGGGUUAAAGUGGGGAUGGGAUGGAAUAGGGCCAGAUCAAGUGUGAAAUUGUUGUACAGUGUGAAUUGUAUCACUUGUCUUUAUUUUUCAUGUUUCCCACCCUCGUUUUGGAUGGAGUAUACUCCUAAUUAGAGAAUACUUUCAAUUUGACUCCAUUCUAUUGGCCUUUGACAAUUCUUUGUUUUUUCAGCAAAAUACUUUACAACUUCCUUCAAACAGAAACCUAUUUACGGUGAAAUAUUUAACAUGCUUACACCAAUAUUGGUUUGAGGAAGUACUCUAUUCAAAAAUAUUAAACUGGUAAUGUGGCCAGCCACAUUACAUAAAAAUACCAAAAGAAUUUCUAACAAAAAAUAUUGUAAAUAUUUGUAAUUAAGUAAAUAAUAGUUUCAUAACAGCCAUGAUAUGUUCUUAUUACUGAUUUCAUUUGUGAUUUGAAAUUGUCCCAAGCAUAUGUUUAUUUUACAAUAUACCAAAAGUGUGUUUGCUGCUACUGUACAUAUAUACUUUACUGAGUUAUGAAAACACUUAAAGAAAGCACCCAACAAAACAAUUACAAUUUGCAUAUUAAGAAUGACAAUAGAUCAUCAAGCUAUUUUACUGUUUUAAUUAUUCGUCUAGCAACAUUGCAAUUGUUUUUUUGUGUAGAACAGUAUACACAUGUUCAUUUGUGAAAUUGUGUUAAUUGUUUUGAAGGAGUCUAUAUGAAAUAACUCAAAAGAGCGGCUUCAUCAUUGAUGCAGUUGUCAACCAGAAAUGACAAGGUUAGACCCAACCUUUUAACUCUAUCGUGAAUCUCUUCACUUAAUCAUGAAAUGUGCAUAUAAAUGUGCUCUGUUUAAAAAAAAAAAUAAGAUACCAAUACUGUUGGUAUUUCAGCUUUUGUCAAUGAGUUUUUAGUAAAAAAGCUGUUCCAUCCUCUUCUCUAAACAAUGUUACUAUCACAUUAUACCUUUAAAUUGAACUAUAGAUUGAAUAUCAUACACCUGUAAAACCAUGGCUCCAUUACAUUGUCUUGCUUUAAAGGUCUACGUGUGCGUUCAGCAAGCUGUCAAUGUUGCCAAAUUGAGCACUUAAAAAUGAACUAUCCAACCAGUUAUGAAAUGUGAAUGUAAAAUGACUGUGGAACGCGUAGAGGGAAAUGUAUAUUGAAUUCAUACCUCUCUUAAAGCUUCUUUCUGAGCUUUUUCUCAGUCAUUUGGAUAUUUGUGUAUAGACAAUUAACCAUGGUGCUGACAUAAGAAGUGAAAUUAAAUAAUGUUCAAUAUUAAUGCUAUGAUAAAAAGUGGCAGCUUCUGGCUUCUACCAGAGGUUGUACAGGUUCCUCAGACCUCCACAACACAACCCGGUGCCCUGCCAAUUUCAAGCCAUGUUGCUGGAUAGGGGAACCUUCAGCUUUACUUCAUUGUGCCAGUAUAUAGAUGCUCCCCGAACAAACUCUGUCUUGUGUUUUGUGUUUAAAUGCCUUGUGUAAUUUACACUUGUGACAAUUUUUGUAUCAAAAGCAAUUUAUAUAAUAAAGGUUAUAUUUUAAGGAAUAAUUGUGUGCCUAAUCUUUUAAAUGAGUGAUUUAUUUAUGUUUAUAUAGUCACAUGAAAUGUGAUAUUAAUUUCCAUUGCAUGGAAAAGUUUGUUGAUGAUCCAAAUGGGGUUCACAUUACUGUUGAGAUGCUACUGCACUGACGAUUCAGCACAGCCAGAAGAGGUCUGGACACCCCUCAGAGCCUGGUUCCUCUCUAGGUUUC